CGAUCGAAUCGACUGGUAGAUUACAAAGCAAAAGCGUAAUGCAAAUGGCCGAAGCUAAGCAAGAAAAUGGCGCUGGCGCCCUGAAAAUUGAGACGGAUCAGGCCCCGUGUCACUACCUCUCGCUUCCCGGCGAGGAUCAGCGAGAGGAUGUGGUGACCCCCGCUGAGAAGGCCAAGUUCCAGUACCCGCCACCUCCUCCACCCCCGACUCCCGUUCAAGUUCCGCCUACAUCCAAGACCACCGCUAUGACCGCUCCUCUGGAGCACGACGAUGACGAGGCGAACUCCGAAAAAUGGGAGGAUCCCUGUGCCCCUCCCCCACCGCCACCGUUGCCGGCCAACGCUUUCCUGGCUACCGGACUAGGCUACCUCAAGCUGCCCGCAUUUAAGCUGAAGGACGCCCUAGAGAAGGCCAUCGCCAAGCUGGAGGCCAACAAGCGGGUGCAAAAGUCCAGCCCAGAGUCUGCUCGUCCCAUUAAAAACAAGAAAGUGGAGGCCAUUGAAAUGUUACCAAGGCGUUUAAGCCACGAAAAAAUAGGCGAUGGUCCGAUGAUGGCCUCCACGUCCACGGCUCUAGUUCUGCAUCCCAAGACCAAAAAGCCCGCCGUGAUUGUGGAGCUGGAGAGGCGUCUCAAGAUUGCCCAUUUGCUGGCCAAGCAGAAUCGAAUUCUCGCAGCCACUUCCCGGGAGGCCAUUCCGAUGCAUGGGUCCUCGAAGCAGCCGCAUGAGGACGAGGGACUGUCGCUUCAAGUGCUCUCGGCCAGGGCAUCUACGCCGUACACCCAGCCCACCACUAUGUUGUCCUGCACGGCCGUUAGCUGUGACCUGGAGCACGACUCUCCAAAGAAGCAACAGGUCAACAGGGACAUCGUGCCGGAACAGCAGCCGCGUCAGGUGCAGCAAAAGCGUCCUUUCAGCACGGUAACCCACAAGCCAGGAAGUCUGCGGGCGCCCAAGGCGGUUCGCCAUCCUGCCGCUCCAAUAGUCGGUAGCAAGCCGGUCAAGAGCUAUACGCGCUCCCACCUACUGGAGAUUCGCAACGAGAUGUUUAAUGCCCUGAUGCACAGGUCCAAGGAAAGCUUUGUUAUGCCCCGCAUCGCCACAUGCGAUGACAUUGAACUGGAGGCCCGGCUUCGGCGCAUGAAUCUCUGGCGCAUCUCGGACGGGACGAGAUUCCGGACCCGCUCCAGCACCAACAGCUCGAGCCUGAACAACAAUGAGUGUAUGCCCGCAUUCUACAAGAACAAAAACAAGCAGUUGAUCAGCGACGAGUCUAUCAUCCAGAGCCAACCACCGCAGCCGCAAACGGAGUUCCAGGAUCCGGCUAUUGUAAACCAAAGACGUAUUGGAAGCGGUCGCUUUAAUCAUUCGAAGUGGUGUUACAACGACGGCGAUUUCCAUUCUACGCCAUCGUACCACAAUGGCAAACCGCAGAUGGAAGAGCUUAGUUCGAAACACCAGAACAGCAAUAACCUGACGGUCCUGCAAUUCUUUGACAAUGGCGAGAUCAGCAGUAAUCCCAUGGGCCAUUCUCAAGGUCGACCGAACACUCCAGUCAUGGGAAUGUCUAAUAAUCGCACCGAGAAUGAGACGUUGCAGUCCAACGAGUCCAGCGAGGAUCUGAGCCGGGCAAACGAAAACUACGUGAAGCGAGUCAUGUCCGGAUUCCUGGUUGUUUCGAAACCCAAGUCUAGGGACGUCGAGGAUAGGCAUCACCGGCGCUACAGGAACCAGACCGAGGAGCCGGAGUGGUUCAGCUGUGGUCCCACCUCAAGGCUGGACACUAUUGAGCUGUGCGGCUUCGAUGAGGACGAGGAGAAAAUGCUCAAGGAAGGCAAUAAACAUCACCGAGCUGUCGAAAUAGAGGGGGAGACGCAAAAACAUAAGGUGGACCAAAAUAAGUACAAAUGGAUGCAUCCGGAGCCCAUUGGUCACAAUAAAUAUAUGCCCAAGCACGAUGGAAACAACAACCAGAAUGUCGAGAGCAAGAACAAGGCUCGGGCCGUCGAUCAACAUCUGCUAAAAGAUGACAAACGUUCAGGCAGUGUCCGUUCGCUUCAGUUUGAUAAGUUUAAUCAAGGGCAGCAGAAUUAUGAGAGUGGCAAUUAUGUAAAUCACCAGCAGGCGCCUCAAACGCAGCCACAACAAAUGCAGCAGCAAGUAAAUACAAAUACUAAUGAUUCUAAAUUUAUGUCAUUCUUCGCCCGCGAGAGGAAUACCUCGUCGUCUUCGCUAAACGAAUUUUUCAAGCAGGCCAUGAACCAGGGGCAUGCCAACAAUUCGGAGCAGCCCAAGUCACUGAGCCACAUGAGUCAGAUGCCGUCGGUGGAGCAAUUGGAGGCCAAAUGGCGUCGAAACUCGCUGACCACUGCGGUCGAUUCUGCCAGCAAGCAGUCCGAUAACUUUCAAAAGCUGAUUGGCUCCCUCAGUGCGGCUAAGCCGCAGCAAAAAACCCAACCACAACCGUCGGCGGUGGGUUGCGAUGCCAUUUCUAACUUUAUUAUGCAGCAGCAACAGUACCAGCAACAGCAACAGAAGCAGCACGUCAUCAUCCAGCAGCAACAGCAACAGACCGCCUUUUUGGCUGGUCUGCAGCUAAAGGCUAUCCUCGGACGGGCCGACACCCAAUUGCUCCUUCUCCGCUUGACCAAAGGGGAAAUCUCGAAGCACGGACUGCUAGUGCAAUUGGCCAACCCACGCUUGACCGACAUGGAUCGAGAAGCCAUCACGGCUGUUCUGCAAUUCACCAACACCCAGCAGCAGCAGCAGCAGCACAAACAGCAACUGGACAUGCUUUCCAGCACGGUUAUUGCCAGCCAACUGCAAAACCUUCACAACCUAGCCAUUGUCCAGCAGACAUUGGUCGCAAGACAGCAACAGCAGCUUAAUCCACAAGCUCAGGCGCCGCAGCAACUGUCUCAAGAGGAUUUACAGGCCCAUGCCAACGUCAUAAUGCGAAACGCUGUGAUGAAGCGCAAGAUGGAGGAGCAGACCUCCAAGUUGGUUAAUGGCGGUGCCAAACAUGCGGCACAGCAGUCACAACUAAACCGUGAUUAUCAACGCCAAGCCCGACCGGAUGCCGCCUCGAAUGCACUGCUCCAUGCCUUGAUCUCUGGCGGUGGCAAUAACCAAGCUUUUGGUCACCUCAUGGCUGGACAGCAGCAGCAGCAGCAGCAGCAGCAGCAGCCAUCUCAUUCAAACAACCGACGUCCUGCUGCUGAUGGCAAUUUGCGAUUCGGCGAAAAGCAACAUUUCCAAACUUUCGAGCCCAGCCAGCCGCACUUUCCAACGCAAUACAAGCAGCACUACCAACAGUCGCAGCAACAACAACCUCAACAGCCCCAGCAACCGCAUACUCGCCACCAGAACAACGCCGGCGGCGGCAACAAUUUCACCAAGUCCAAAAUACAGGCCCAAUCAGCCAUUUCGAUGCUGCCCAAUGGCGGAGAUGAGUUUCAUUAACGGCCUCAAAAGAUUCGCCACAACGACUGUCGGUCUGAUGGCCAUCGGCAUCGGAUCCACCGUACUCAUCUACACCACUCAUCGUUUCCUCAUC